UCAAUGCGCGAAUGAUCAUGAUGCAUUCCAAAAGUCACGGCUCCUCUUUCCUAUCUCAGGAGAUAACUCCUCAGUCCAAGCCCGUUGAGCUAGCUAUCGGCCCUCAUGUAGGUGAGUAGUACUAGUAGUACAAAGGUAAUCGCCCGCCCACGGGAUAAGAAGGUGGGAGACGAUCGAUCAACACUCAAGAGACCACAGGAUCAACCUGGAACUCGGAGUGUCCAGUUAUCCCCAGGUGGUGGCAUACCGAAGCCCAGACAACACAACUCAACUCAAGAUGUCUGAAGAAAAGAACGAGUAUGUAGACCAGCCCCGGAGCGGCGAUGAAAAGCUGCCCGUGGAGGAGGAGAAAGGUGCUUUGGAUACGACGUUCGGGACAACAGAGGAUAUCCAGCUGGAUCCUGCGAAGGAAAAGAAACUGCUAGCGAAGCUGGACCUGGCCUUCGUUCCUAUCAUCAUGUUCGCCUAUUUGAGUUGUUUCCUCGACCGAUCAAACAUCGGAAAUAUCGAGGUUGCUGGAAUGCCUGAAGAUAUACAUGCGACCUCGCAGCAGUUCUCCGUUGCCGUCUCCAUCUUCUAUGCCACCUAUGUCACGUUUGAGUCUCCUCUGGCCGUGUUGAUGAAGAAGUGGACGCCACGGAACAUGCUCACUGUUCUCUGCAUUAUCUGGUCCCUGACCACGAUUUUCUCCGGCUUCAUCGUCAGUAUCGGCGGCCUCUAUGCCACACGUCUGAUCUUGGGAACCUGCGAGGCUGGUCUGUUCCCGGCCCUGAACUUGUACCUCACCAUGGUGUACAAGCGAGAAGAGCAGGCGAAGCGUGUGUCGUAUCUAUUCAGCUGUGCAGCCAUUUCUGGUGCAGUCGGUGGUCUAUUGGCCUACGGAAUCCUCCAAAUGGACGGUGUGGGCGGAAUGGCCGGUUGGAAAUGGGUCUACAUCAUCGAAGGUCUGUUCAGUAUGGUGUGCGCCGUAUGGAUCUGGUUCGGACUACCAAACGACCCGACCAAUGCUUAUUUCUUGAACGAGGAGGAAAAAUGGAUGAUGAAGGUCCGCAACGAGCAACGGAGGAAGUAUAUGGGCAGUGAUAAAUUCGACUGGGAGGAGAUCCGCAUCGCUGCCAGAGACCCGAAACUGUACUUCAGCGGUAUCGUCCAGUUCUGCCAGGAUAUCCUGUUGUACGGAUUCAGUACCUUCUUGCCGGCCAUCCUCAAGAGCAUGGGUUACGAUUCGCUCAAAAGUAACGCCCUUACGGUGCCCGUAUACGUGUGGGGUGCCAUCGCGUUUAUCAGCAUUGCCUACUUUUCCGAUCGUUAUAGGACAUUUGCUCCGUUCCUACUCUCAGUCAACAUCUUCGGUAUUGUCGGAUACAUCCUCCUGUUGACCGUCUCGAACGGUGGCGUGAAGUACUUCGCGACCUUCCUAUGCGCCGUUGCAACCUACAACGGACCAGGGCUGAACCUCACCUGGCUGAACGUGAAUGUAGCGCCGCACUACCGGCGUGCCAUGGAGAUCGGUUUACAGCAGACUAUCGGAAACUGCGCCGGUAUUGUGGCGGGUCAGGUGUACCGGAAGUCGCCAUAUGUCCUCGGUAAUGCGUUCUCCCUGGGAUCAUUGGUGGUAUCGCAGUUUUUCAUAAUAGGCCAUGUUUUGUACUUGCGCAGAGAGACCGCUAUGAAAGAGCGUAUCGAGAGCGGCGAGGAGGACAAGAGAAGGGUGAAGACGGGAGAUGCAGAACUCGACUUCAAGUACCAUUGGUAAAGGUCAUCGUUGCAUUUUCUUUUCUUGUCCUGUACUACUAUAGCCGCGUGAGUUCAUCUCUCAUGAUGUUUCCAAAAAUGAAUGACGGGAACGAAAUAUGUAUAUACGCCACUCAUAUUCGUCCAACAUGAUCAUAAUCUUUACCAUAUGAUAAUUCGUACAAAAUAUGUUCUGGGAUAUCUGCUCUAUUUCUACCUCUAGACAUUGCAUAUUUAAUAAUUCUCAGUAUGCAAAAGAUCUGAUUUUCUUCUUUGAGAGCUUGUACAAGCAUCUACCUCAUGGUUACCUAGAA